AUGGUUGACAAGGAAGAGAGAAAAAUAGUGGUGAGUAAACCACUACAACUUGUUAUUACAAAAGAAUCAGAUUCAGAUUCAGAAGAAGCUUACAAGGCCCCUAAUCUUUUACAACGCAUAUUAAGUUUAUUCAAGAAUGUAAGGCCAGGAUCUGAUCUCACAUCCCUCCAGUUGCCACCAUUAUUUAACUUACCAAAAUCCCAACUUCAAUGCUAUGGGGAAUCAGUGUAUUGCACUGCUUCAGACAUGCUAAGCAUAUGCAAUAGAGGACAGAGUCCAUUAGAUAGGUUCAUAUCUGUUGUUGCAUGGUGCAUAUCUACCACACGUCCUGCAUCUUUUGGGGUUGCUCCUUAUAAUCCAAUACUUGGUGAGACACACCAUGUUUCAAAGGGAAAUCUUAAUGUCUUACUUGAACAGGUGUCACACCACCCUCCGGUAACGGCCCUCCACGCAACUGAUCAGAAGGAAAACAUUGAAAUCAUAUGGUGUCAGCAACCUGUUCCUAAAUUUUAUGGCACAUCGGUUGAGGCUCAAAUGCUUGGCAAAAGGGAACUGAAGCUCUUAAACCAUGGAGAAACAUAUGAGAUGAAUUGUCCUCAUCUUUUAUUUAGAAUUCUUCCAAUUCCUGGUGCUGAUUGGGUUGGCACAGUUGAUAUAAGGUGCUUAGAGACAGGUUUAGUAGCUGAGUUAACCUACAAGUCAAGUCAUUCUUUUCUAGGACUUGGUGGAAAUCAUAAAGUCAUCAAAGGGAAGAUCCUUGACUCUUCAUCCUUGAAUGUUCUAUAUGAAAUUGAUGGUCAUUGGGAUAGGAUUAUAAAACUGAAGGAUAGAAAAAAUGGGAAAGUUAGAGUAAUAUAUGAUGCAACAGAAGUCAUUUCAAGGCUAAAAGCACCUAUUCUCAAGGAUGAAGAGUGUAUGUGGCCAACAGAAUCAGUCAAUGUGUGGAGUGAAUUGAACCAAGCCAUAAUGAGUAAAGAUUGGGAGAAAGCAAGAGAAGCAAAGCAAGUAGUGGAGGAGAGAGAAAGGGAGCUUGUUAGAGAAAGAGAGUCAAAAGGAGAAAAUUGGAUUCCUAAACAUUUUGUAGUGUCUUACAGCAGUGAAGUAGGGUGGAACUGUUCACCUAUUCAUGGAUGUGUAUCAGCUGCUCCUAUCAUAGCACUAUAA